AUGGCUGGAGGAAAACGGUAUAAAAGGGAGAACAACUGCUCUGGAACUCAUUCAACUCUCUCUGAUACUGAAAAGAUCACAAGCUACGAAGUUAAGAACACCAUCGAAAUUCUUCCAAAAUGGCAAAGGUUUUUAAGAAGACCAGUGGAAAUGGAGGGCUCACCCUCUACCUGGGAAAGAGGGAUUAUGUGGACCACAUCACUAAAGUGGAAGCAGUUGAUGGCGUUGUGAAGUUGGACCCAGCUGAUUUUGGUGACAGGAAAGUCUUUGUACAGCUGGCAUGUGCCUUCCGUUAUGGUAGUGAAGACCUGGAUGUGAUGGGACUGUGCUUCAGGAAGGACAUCUGGAUCCAUCAAGUCCAGCUCUACCCUGACGGCACCAAGCCUGCACUUAGUGCCAUGCACGAAACCCUGAUGAAGAAGGCGGGAGACAACUCGUACCCCUUCUCCUUUGAAAUUCCCAACAACCUGCCAUGCUCAGUCUCUCUGCAACCAGGACCCGAAGACAAAGGGAAGGCUUGCGGUGUUGACUUUGAGGUUAAAACCUACUUGGCCAAAGAGAAGAACAACCCCGAUGAGAAGAUUGAAAAGAAAGACACCGCUCGUCUAGUUAUUCGUAAAAUCCAGUACGCCCCAUCCCAUGUGGGUGCCGGGCCAAAGGCGGAUGUCUGCAAAAGUUUCAUGAUGUCGGACAAACCAGUCCACCUCGAAGCAUCCAUGGAGAAAGAUCUGUACUUCCAUGGUGAAUCUAUCCCAAUCAAAGUCAAAAUCAACAAUGAGAGCAACAAAACGGUCAAGCACAUUAAAAUCACUGUGGAACAAACCACCGACAUUGUCCUCUACUCAGCAGACAAAUACACCAAACCCGUUCUGAGCCAGGAGUUUGGAGAGACGGUGGAGGCCAACAGCACUUUUGAGAAAACCUUGACCAUCAAACCUGCUCUGUCUGAAAACAAGGAGAAAAGAGGUCUGGCUCUGGACGGACGGCUUAAGGACGAGGACACAAACCUGGCUUCUACCACCAUGCUGAAGACAGAAAUUGAGAAAGAGGUGUUGGGUAUUCUGGUUUCCUACAAGAUUAAAAUUAACCUCAUGGUGGCUGGAGGAGGCCUGCUGGGUGGCCUCACUGCCAGUGAUGUCACAGUGGAGCUUCCCCUGAACCUCAUGCACCCCAAACCUGAAGAAUAAGGACCACACAUUGCUAGAGGAGGUUGUCCUGCGAAUCGAUAAGGCAUCCUCAGAAGUUCAAGAAGGCAACCAGAGAUAAAGAAUGAAAGAAUAAGGAGUGUGGCUGGUGUCAAGGACAACGAACAGGAGAGGAAGGACGUCUCUUCAGAGCAGAACAGAAGGAUAAAAAACCUUCAACUUCUGUCCUCUCACAGCUUUAAUUUGUUUAUGUUUCUGUAGUGGAGGUAUUGAUUUUUAGCUAUAGAGAAUGUUUGGUUUACCAAACUGAAUUUAACAGUUUGACAUGAGUCUCACAAAAAUGACAUGACUAUGCCUUUGUCUACUUUGAAAAUAAAAGAUGAAACAGAUUAAGUCUGAAGUCCAUAAAUGCCACUGUGCAUUCAAACUAAGUAACACACUUACUUUCCUGUUGAGUGAAAUUUUCAGUGUGUUAUUAUAAUUUUACUGAACCUGUCAAACAUCUCACUAAACAAUGAAAUACUUUGAAAUUAA